AUGUGGUUAACGAGCAAGGAAUCCUGCGAUUUUCUACUCGUUAUGGGUUUUGAGGACCAACCAAUUCGAACCAUCAUGCAUGACUCACGGUCUGCACUGGACUUAAGAAAGGUUCCACUAUCUCCAAUUCAUCCAGAUAUUGCAAACGAUACGUAUAUCCAUCGUUUUCAAAGCCAGGUAUCAUCACUGUGCUUGUAA